UCCUCACUCGGCCACAGCCUUUGGACCCCCCAACCCCCCAAAGCCUCUCAAAAAUUAAAAUUUCACUUGCUGCUUUCUCUCUCUACAAAAAGAAAACAGCAACCAUGUUCUCUCUACUUUCACUCAAGAAAAAACAACAUCAAGUUCUAUGACUGUUAUCAUCCCUUAUAAACCCAAAGAACAGAGCACUCUCUUCUUCUUUCUCUGUCUCUCCCUCAGACUUCGAUUCACAGCUGUAUUUUGGUGUUGAACAAAUUUUUGUUCUGUAGAAGUCAGAAUCUGUGCAGAUGUUGGAGAAGUUGGACGAGUUCGAUAUGGAGAAAAGCAUAGAGGACUUUGAAGCAAUGACGAAGGAUGCUGAGAGGGUUCAGAGAAAAACCCUGAAGAAGAUUUUGGAAGAAAACGGAUCCGCGGAGUACUUGCAGGGUUUAGGACUGAAUGGAAGAACUGAUCCAGAGAGUUUCAAGGCUUGUGUGCCGCUUGUUACUCACAAGGAUUUGGACCCCUAUAUUCAGAGAAUUGCAGAGGGUGAUUCAUCUCCCAUCCUCACUGGGAAACCAGUCCCAUCCUUCUCAGUGAGCUCUGGUACUACUCAGGGAAGGCCAAAGUUCCUGCCUUUCACCGACGAAUUGAUGGAAACUACCAUGCAAAUAUUUCAAACUUCUUUCGCGUUUAGAAACAGGGAGUACCCCAUUGCGAAUGGAAGGGCCCUGCAGAUCAUCUAUAGCAGCAAGCAGUUCAAGACGCAAGGUGGUUUGCCAGUCGGAACUGCCACCACCAACGUUUACCUCAAUCAUAAGUUCAAAACCACGAUGAAAACAAUGCAAUCUCAAUGCUGCAGCCCUGACGAAGUAAUAUUCGGCCCUGAUUUCCAACAAUCUUUGUAUUGCCAUCUCUUGUGUGGCAUAAUAUUCAGGGACGAAGUUCAGAUGAUAUCUUCAGCAUUUGCUCACAGCAUUGUCCUUGCAUUCAGAACCUUUGAGCUGGUGUGGGAAGAACUAUGUGCUGACAUUCGAGACGGGGUCCUCAGUGACCGAAUCACAGAGCCAUCAAUCCGAUCAGCUGUUUCAAAACUGCUCAGCCCGAACCCUAAAUUGGCUGAUUUGAUUCAUGGGAAAUGUUCCGGAUUGAGUAAUUGGUAUGGAUUAAUACCAGCACUUUUUCCCAAUGUCAAGUACAUCUAUGGGAUCAUGACAGGGUCCAUGGAGCCUUAUUUGAAGAAAUUGAGGCACUAUGCAGGGGAGUUGCCAUUGUUGAGUGCAGACUAUGGUUCUUCUGAAGGAUGGGUUGGGGCAAAUGUCAACCCAAAAUUGCCCCCUGAGUUGGCCACUUUUGCUGUGAUCCCAAAUGUUGGGUACUAUGAGUUCAUCCCUCUGAGGAACAGCAGCGGUGAGCAGCCAGUGGGACUCACUGAAGUCACAGUUGGUGAAGAGUAUGAGGUGGUCCUCACUAGUGUUGCAGGUUUGUACCGUUACAGACUAGGGGAUAUUGUGAAAGUUGUGGGGUUCUACAACUCAACCCCAGAGCUCAAAUUCGUGUGCCGGAGCAAUCUUCUGCCUUCAAUCAACAUUGACAAGAACACUGAAAAAGAUUUGCAGCUAUCCGUCGAAGAAGCUGCAAAGCUUUUAGCUGCAGAAAAGUUGGAAGUUGUUGAUUUCUCAAGCCAUGUGGACUUGUCCACAGAUCCUGGUCACUAUGUCAUAUUUUGGGAACUCAAUGGUGAACCAACCCAUGAGGUUCUUAGCGAGUGCUGCAACUGUUUGGACAAAGCUUUUGUUGAUGCGGGAUACAUGAGUUCGCGCAAGGUCAACACCAUAGGCCCGCUCGAGCUUCGAAUUCUUCGGAAGGGAACCUUCCAGAAGAUUCUAAUCCAUUACCUAGCUCAAGGAGCUGCUGCUAGCCAGUUCAAAACACCAAGAUGUGUAGGGCUUAACAACAAGAAGGUUUUGCAGAUUUUGUGUGGCAAUGUGGUUAGGAGCUUCUUUAGCACUGCCUAUGAUUAAGUGAAUAGUACAAGCUCAAAACCGAACACAUUUGCCGUUUCCAAAAUCAGUCCACAGUUGUUUUAGCUUUUUUAAGGCAUUAGUUUUCUAUCUAUCACACGGUAAAUAUGUCUCAUGCCGCCCUAGUUAGCUCAAGUGGUGUGGGAUGAUGAUAGAUUUCAAGUUUAAAUCUCUUUCUAAAUAUAGAUAUGUCUCAUAUGAAGUUAGUUGAAUUUGUAUUGUGUUGGUUUUAUAAGCCUUUUCAAGUGUCUAGUACUCUGUGUCAA